AUGUUGUUGAGUCUGACUGUAGUUUCGGAUGUGCUCUGUGUUACAGUGAUACAGGCUCAGAAUGGCUGGGGAGUGACUUACACCUCUACUCAGAUCUGUGCCUUAAAAGGAUCAACAGUGGAAAUAAGCUGCACCUACACACACCCAUCCAGAAUAAAUGACCGUGAUACUACAGUUGAGGAAACAUUCUGGUUUACUAAAUUGCAGGAUAAAGAACAUGUGGAUCUGAGAACAGACUCAGAGUACGCAGAGCUUCAGGUUCAGGUGAUCAGAUCAACAGUCUACAGGAAUUAUACUGAGGCAGAGCUGCUUUGUCACAACAGCUGUCGUCUUCCUGAUCGUUCUUCCUACGUCUGGUUCAAGAAUGGACAGAAAAUGGAAAGGGUGGAGACAUCUUCUUAUAAAGAUCAGUUUUAUCCUGGAGACAUCAUCUCCUGUGCUGUAAAAGGACAUGAGGAUUUCCCCUCUCCUUCAGUGUAUGCUCCAAAGCUUCCCUCUGUGUCAGUGAGUCCCUCUGCUGAAAUAGUGGAGGGCAGUUCAGUGACUCUGACCUGCAGCAGUGAUGCUAACCCAGCAGCUAAAUACACCUGGUACAAGGGGAAUCAAACACUGAAUCAGAGACCAGAAGACAUUUAUCAUUUCACCAGCUCUAAGGACAGCGGGAUCUACCACUGCAAGGCUGAGAAUGAGUUGGGCCAGAUGAACUCCAAAUCUGUAUCCAUAGAUGUUCAGUAUGCUCCAAAGCUUCCAGUGAGUCUCUCUGCUGACAUAGUGGAGGGCAGGGUGACUCUGACCUGCAGCAGUGAUGCUAACCCUGCAGCUAAUUAUACCUGGUACAAGGAGAAUGAAGACUCACCAAAAGCAUCAGGACAGAACUUCACCAUCACUGACUUCAGAGCUGAACACAGUGGGAUUUAUUACUGUGAAGCCCAGAACAGAAGAGGACGUCAUAACUCCACCUUACAUCUGAUUGUUGUGGCAGAGAACUCAACAAGGCUAAUAAUUAUCAUCACGUUGACUCUGGUGGUUGUGAUGCUGAUUCAUCUGCUUCUGUUUUGUCUGUGGAUGAGGAAGAAGAAUACUCUGAGCUCGACCUCUGAACCAAAUGAAACCAUAGAGACGUUAGAGGAACGUGAAGAACACCUGAUUGAGCUGUGGGAAGAGAAACCCAAACUCUACAACACAAGGAGCCAGGCAUUUUCCAACCACAAUAGCAAGAUUAAUGUGGUGAAAUACAUAGAGGAGAAACUGGAGGCUUCUGGUGAGUACAGCUAG